UAGAAACAAUCUUUCUCCCUCGUUUUCAAUGACGUACGAGGUCAGAGAUUACCAUGGAGGCGUUCAAGAAUCAGGAGAUCGUGCACGAAGGAUGGCUGAUCAAAUCACCACCUACAAAACUUUGGAGAGCGAGAUGGCGAGAAAGAUGGUUUACACUUAGACACAGUGGAGAAUUGCCUGAUCAAUAUUUUCUGGAAUAUUAUACAGAUAAGAAAUGUCGAAAAUUAAAAGGAAAAAUUGAUCUUGAUCAAUGCGAGCAAGUUGAUGCAGGUCUAAGAUUUGAAAAUCGAAAACAAAAGUAUCAAUUUAUGUUUAAUGUGAAGACACCAAAAAGAACAUAUUAUCUUGUUGCUAAAAAUGAAGCUGAUAUGAAUAAAUGGGUUGAUGCUGUUUGUCACGUUUGUGGAUUAAAACCUCAAGAUGAUGAACAACAAUGUCAAUUGAAUUCAUUUGAAAUUCAAGAAUCACCACCCAUUUCACCUACAAGUACAAUAUCUGGUCCAUACAUUCCUAUAAGUGAGUGUAUAUCUGGUCGAAGUCUUAACGACUCAAGUUCUCUUAGUUCUGUUUUUGGUCAACAUUAUGAUGCUCCAAGAAGGUUAGUUCCAUCACCACCAAAAUCACCUGUAACAACAGAUGCUGAAAGUGUUUUUACUGAUGACGAAUGUAUGAUUUCAGUACCCAGUGUUCAUUGGGAAACUUUUCCAUCAACAGGUGAUUCAAAAUCAUAUAAUGUUAAUGAUGGAAAUAUAGGUUCAUGGAGUGUAUGUAAAAGAUUUGGAAAGCUGAAAAUAGUUGAUUCAAUAAUACCAACAAAUGUAGAAGAGAUUUCAGCUCCUCCAAGGCCUCCAAAACCUACUCAUAUGUCAUUAGAAAAUUUUGGACAUAAUUAUUUAAAUCUUGAUGGCACAACUGAGAGUUCAAAACCAACUACACCAGCUAUAUCAGCACAAAUAGUUCCAGUGUUAAGUAUAAUAACAGAUGACACUUAUGACUUUCCAAGAUCUCAUCAGCCUAAUGUGGUAGAUAGUAGCAUACUAAAUAAGCAGUCACAAAUUAAACAUUGUUAUACCAAUGCUGCACCAACGAAUGCAGUUGAUACUGAUGACUGCAUUUUUCGAUAUGAUUUUUAUGAUGACGAGCCAACAAGUUCACGUUCAGAAUCAUCAAUGACAGCAACUUACUCCAACUUGUCGAGUCCUCUAAUUAAAUGUGAGAUUAAUGUAGCUGUUCCUUUAAGUUCGAAUUUAGAGUCGCAGCUUCUUAUAACCUCAACGAGUGUUAUACCAACUAUAGCAAAGACAGUAUCGACAUCACCGCCUAUUGUUUAUCGAGAAUUGAAACCAGGCAGAAAUAUGAAUGAUAGAUUGUCCAUAAUUAGCAGUGAACCAUUACCUAGUUCGGUAGUUUUUGCUUCAACAAUAACAGAAAUGAGUUUGACUGAACAUUCACAUGCCGAGCCUCCCAGUAUUAAUCGCAAGCUUAAGCCACCACUAAAUAAUUCUUUGCAUGAAAGACCUUUACAAUUAAUUUCAUCACCAGCAAAUGUGAAAAUAAGAACUGUUUGCAGUUCAACUUUUGCAGCUGCACAUUCAAACAGGUACCAAUCAAUUUCUGAUGAAGAUAAUGUAAUAGAACAUAAAGAAGAGAUUUACUACUUUCAGGAUCAAAAUAAUUUUAUUCCAGUAUCAUCUCAAAAAUUUGUUGAUCUUCAGUAUCUUGAUCUUGAUCUAGGAACAUUCGAAACUUUUAAUAUUUCAACUUUACCACUUGCACAAUCAACACCUAGUUCAACAGUAUAUAAAACUGUAGAUUUUCUCAAGACCGAGGCUUUCAAUCGAACACGGCAGAGGGUUGAGGAAGAGAGAAAACAGUGUACAGAUGGUUUAACUUAGUUGUUAAUCUAUUUUCUACUUGUUAUGGAGAAUAAUAAUUGACAUCAAAAGAGAUAUUUUUAAUCAUUUGAUA